AUGAAUACUCCGCGAAAAGAUGUUUUCAACUCAUUUCGACAUGAUCUCGAGAGUAUUCGACGGGAUUUAAACGAUUUACGUAAAAGUACAUACUUGACAUCGUGUUUGAUUUGUUCUCAUCGAGCAAUAACACCUCAAAUCGAAUCAAUGUUUCUCCCUUACCACAGUUCGGCUUACGAUAAUCGCUUAAUCGAACCACCGAAUCCACCGGCUAUCCGUCAUCAUAUUGUUCAUACACAACCUGAACUAAGAUCAUCAUACGAUUCUUUCUGGAUUAAAAAUAAAUACAAUCAUGACUAUUCCUAUAGACCAUGGACAACGUCGAGAUAUGUACCUUAA